GAGCGACCACGAUGAGGGCGGUGGCGAUCGCGAGGCCCGGGGGCGCGGAGGUGCUGGAGGAGCGCGAGGUGGACGACCUCCCGGCGCCGGGGGAAGGCGAGGUGCUCCUUGAGGUGGCCGCCGCGGGCGUCAACCGCACCGACACGGUCCAGCGGCAGGGCGGGUACACGCUGCCGCCCGGCGCCUCCCCCUACCCGGGGGUCGAGUGCUCCGGCACCAUCCUCGCGCUCGGGGCCAACGUGCCCCCGCGCUGGGCCGUCGGCGACCAGGUGUGCGCGCUGCUUAACGGCGGCGGGUAUGCGGAGAAGGUGGUGGUGCCGGCCGGGCUGCUGCUCCCGGUGCCGGAGGGGGUGUCGCUGACCGACGCCGCCGGCUUGGCCGAAGUGGCAUGCACCGUCUGGUCGACUGUAUUCAUGACAAGCCACCUCUCCCCUGGCGAAUCAUUCCUUAUCCACGGUGGAUCAAGCGGAAUCGGUACAUUUGCUAUACAGAUCGCUAAGUACCUUGGAAUUAAGGUUUUCAUUACUGCAGGAAGCGGAGAAAAGCUAGCUGCUUGCAAAGGUUUGGGUGCGGAUGUGUGCAUAAACUACAAAACAGAAGAUUUUGUAGAACGCAUCAAAGAAGAAACCGACGGAAAGGGUGUUGAUGUCAUUCUGGACAACAUGGGCGGAGCGUAUCUCCAGCGCAACCUGAACAGCUUAGCAGUUGACGGUAGACUUUUCAUUAUCGGUUUCAUGGGAGGCACUGUAACUGAAGUGAACCUGCAGCCUAUGCUUGCCCGAAGAUUGACCAUACAAGUUGCUGGACUGCGGAGCAGAAGCCUUGCUAAUAAAGCUCGGAUCGUCAGUGAGGUGGAGAAAAAUGUAUGGCCAGCCGUUGUGUCAGGCAAGGUGAAGCCGGUGAUUUACAAGACCUUGCCUCUAUCUGAAGCAGUUGAAGCUCACAAGUUGAUGGAAUCAAGCACCCACAUAGGCAAGAUACUACUGGUUCCUGUCCAUGAUUGGUAAUGGUGUAUCAUGUAUUCAUGUGUGCACUAGUGGGCCGCUGUGAGUACUAUGUAACUAUGCAUAGACAUGGCUCCUAUGUUGUAAGUUGGUUCUUGAUGCUGAUGAAAGUGGAGAUAUAUCUUGAAAAUCAUUGGUUACAAUAAAGAUCGGAACUUGCAAGUCA